GGGGAUUUGAACCCCGGACCUUUCACAGACUCAUUCGUAUAGGUAAAUGCGAAGCGAAAAUCAUACCCCUAGACCAUGUGCUGUUUGAUUGUUAGGACCGACAUUUAUCGAAAGGUACAGUAUUUGGGAGAGACUUACCCCCAGCCAGCAAAUCCAGAUGCGAUGGAUUUAACCAUGCAAUCAGCGUGGAUUUCAAGCAAAUUUGGGGCACCACAGUUGAUAUACCUCUUAUUUUUCUCCAGCCAGAACUUGUAUCGUCAUACCCGUCGUCUCCGAGAUUUGCAGGAAAAGAUCCGAACCAUGAUGGCACAACGGAACGAAUCGUGGGGCGGCAUCAAAUCCAAGCCAAGCUACUUUCAAACUCGAUGGUUCGUUCAACACGGAAAGCCGGCAUCGUCAUCGCCUCUUUUCCUCUUGGGCAACCUCGCUAUUGUCGACGACAACGUGAGAAAUAUAGGCGUAAGCUCGAAAUCUGCCCCUCUUUGACUUCGCAGACGUUCCCUUCUUUCCGUUCGCAUAACUGGCGUUCUUUUCUUUACUGUCGUCUGUAUGGAUGCGGGUGGACUCCGAGUGUUUCAUGGAUUGCGUGCGUUCGACACAGCCGACUUUCCGUUUCUGCCAUUGUGUCGUUGGGCUGGGGUGGAAUAUAACCAGGCACAAUGCUCCCAGUCCGUCGCUCGGCGACUCCUUUCAGAAAGCAUGGGGCCAUCAUGCAGAGAAACGAUCCAGAUGCGCAACACUUCUAUAGCGACGAGCACGGGAGUGCUGCUCGCUCGGUAACCACAUCUCGCAGCCAGGAAGGCUGGCGAACACCUACCAUCGAAGAUCCAGAGCAUCCAGUGAACCUGUCUCGCAGCCUAGACAGUAUCUUCCAACAUGGAUCUGCUACACAUCGCAACGGCUCGCAACGGCAUACGGAUGAUGAAAAGCAAGCUGAAUUCCCAUACGAAGACGAGGCCGAAACUGAGACGCCGAAGCAUCUAUCUUGGAGACAAAGGAUGCAGCACGUCACCUGGGCGUGGUUCACUAUGACCAUGGCUACUGGUGGUAUCGCCAAUGUAUUGCACGACGUACCUUACAGGUUUCAUGGUCUCUACACCAUCGGCCUCAUCUUCUUCCUGAUGAACAUUGUCUUCUACGUCAGCAUCUGGGCAAUGAUCAUCACCCGCUUCGUGCUGUAUCCAUGGACGUUCAAAGCGAGCUUCACACAUCCUACCGAGUCGCUCUUCGUUCCCGCGUUCGCUGUCUCAUUUGGUACGAUUUUGAUCAACAUCGUCGAGUACGGAACCGGCAACGUUGGAGCGUGGCUCAACUGCACUGUCCUUGUUCUCUUCUGGCUCGACUGUGGUGUGGCCAUCGCACUCAGCAUCACCAUCUACCUGAUCCUAUGGUCUACCCUGACAUUCACAAUUGCGCGCAUGACACCUAUCUGGAUCUUCCCAGCCUACCCUCUCCUUAUCAUUGGUCCACAUGCUGCGAAACUGGCAGCAAAGGUAAUUAGCUUGCAACACGCCAUUCGCGUCAUCAUCGCAGGGUUCACCAUUCAAGGCAUUGGAUUUCUCGUCUCCCUGACCAUUUACUCGGCGUUUGUCUAUCGGCUCAUGACACAGAAACUACCUCCAGAACCACUUCGGCCUGGCAUGUUCGUCUCAGUCGGACCCUCGGCAUUUACCGUCAGUGGAACUAUUGGCAUGGCACAGAACUUGCAGAGAGUGAUCGCUUCCAGUCCGACUUCGAGAUUCAUGGACGUUCCCGGCCUGAUGGCCUCGCGCAUUCUCCGACUUUGUGGAAACUGGAUGUCGCUUUGGUUGUGGGGCCUAGCCUGGUGGUUCUUCUUCAUCAGCUUGCUCUCCAACGCUGACUGUCUGCGAGAGAAACAUCGUAUGCCCUUCGCCAUGACUUGGUUCAGCUUCAUCUUCCCUCAGACCGCCUUGACAACGGCCACGUUCGCCGUCGCUGAAGCAUUUGACGUUGAUGCAAUCAGGGUAAUCGGCUGUGUCAUGACUUGUGUCUUGAUACUGGCUUGGGGAGUUGUGGUUGGAUGCAUGAUCAGAGCGAUCAUCAAUAAACAAGUCAUGUGGCCGGAGAAGGGAGAGGAUAAAACGGAAGGUGGCUUCAAAGCUCACCAGAACAGGUCGGAAACGUCUUUGAGCAUCGUGCCUACUGCUCUUGCAGUCGCUGAUGUUCGCGACCCUCGCCAGGAAGCUGCGGCCGAUGCAGCGGCUGAUAAUGUCUGAUGUACUUCGAGCGUUUUUUGUCCUUUUUGCAUAUGUCUGCAGAUGUUGGAUCCUACUAUUACACCAUUCCUCGCUCUGCAGGCAGUGGUCGAGAUUUCAUUGAGAUCUGACAGCGCAGCAGAUGCUAGCACCUAGCUACGACAGGAAUCAUAUUAGUGUUCUUCCUAGAGAUGGGUUUCUUCCAUAAUGGUACAAGU